UAGAAAAUUUACGGUCACCCUAGCAGCAAGUGCACGUGUGAGGACACAAACAUUGUUUUCUUAGCGAUUUUUAAGAAAAUAAUUCAAAAUGAUAGAUGCAGAUAUUAUUAAAAAUAAGGUACAGCAGUACUACAACCGCGUACAUAACUUGGAGCAAGUGUCUGAUAAAAAAGAAAAUGGCUUUGAAGAAAUGAAACGUUUCCAGCAGCGUGUGCUCAAUUUAUUGAAAACACACAAAGUGCCAUAUUCAACAAAAGAAGAUGAGGACACCUACGAAGAUUACUUACUUUCGGAUGAUGAAAACGCCGCUAAGACUAAUGGGAAAAACAAGAAAAAACAGUUGAGAAAUAAGGAAGCAGAUAGCUCAGAAGAUGAAAACGUUGAUGAACGAAUUGCUUCCAUCAAAAACAAACUGCGACAGAAAAAGAGGCCUACAACAGAGAAACAACAAAAGAGACGCGAAGCAAAGAAAUUGAAGCGGAGCAAAGGAGUGCAAAAGAUUCUACAAUCCUCAGGGAAAUCGUUAAAGAAUGAGAAUGUAAAGCAACAGAAACUGAAAAAUGGAUUUGUGAAAAUGGAAAAAAAUGUAAAUGGGGAAACGGAGGAUAGCAAAGAACAGAUUCAACCAGUUAAAGUGCAACCCGUUUAUAACGAAGAGGCGAAAAUUGUUUACUCUAAGAUCGAUUUUGCCGCCAACCCUGGUACAAAGGCAAAAAAAUCCCACCAAAAUCCAAAGGAAAUAUUGAAAAAGCUGAAGGACACGCGUCAGCACAUCAACGAGUUGAAGGAACAAGGUGACACCGAGAAGGCCGCUGAAAUCCAAAAUGACAUUGCGUGGAAAAAGGCGUUCGAUAAGAUCGAGGGCAAAAAAGUCAAAGAUGACACCAAGCUGCUACAGAAGGCUAUCAAAAAGCGAAAGGUAGAGAAGCGAGUGGCAAAGAAGAAGUGGACGGAUCGCAAGGAGAAGGUGGAACACGAUAUUGCGAAGCGACAGAAAAAACGUCAAGAAAAUUUGGAUAAGCGUAGCAAGGAUAAGAAAAUCAAGAAAUUGAAAAAGGCAAGCAAAAAGGGUCGAAUUAUAGCUGGCUACUAAAAAAAAAUUUGGCAACUUAAGCUAGGUUUAACAACUCAAAAUAAAAAUUGAAUACAAAAAUUCGAUGAACUUUUAGAAUCAAAUUUUUUUAUUACGUUUCUCAUUUUCCGGCCGUAAAGUAGUCCAAAUUCAUUGUGUAUCUCUAUUAGCCUUAUGUUUACCUUUUUGGUUGGUUAGUGUCACUGUUUGUACCACGGUGCAAGGCAUUUGCAAGAAGAAGAAACACACAACAGCUGUUAUUAAAGCGAACAGCUGACUCGGGCGCAUUGUUGUAUUUUAUGUGAACUUGUUUGCGCAAACACGUUGGACAAUUACGGUUAAAAUAUUGCGCCGAAUUUAAGAUUUGCAUUUUAUUUGAGGAAUUCUCGCUUAUUAAAUUCAAGUUGUGCAAUGGAUUGUAGAAUUUGAAGUACUUUGUACACGCAUACAAGUGAAUAGCGAAAUAUCAAGAAGAAGCAGCAGCUAUAGCGCACGAAUCAGCGUGUAAAAGAAAUCAGAAAACCAAAACACACACUCGUACACGGCACACACGCACGCACACACGCA